AUGACCAACUUCAAGGUUGACAUUGUUAGCGACACCGUAUGCCCAUGGUGCUACGUAGGAAAAAAGCGCUUGGAAAGGGGAAUCGCAGCCUACAUGGAGAAACACCCGGACUCCAGUGAUACCUUUCAAACCAGCUGGUACCCAUUCUAUUUGAACCCGGAUGCGCCAAAGAGUGCCGACAAGCAACAAUUGUACGAAUCUAAAUUCGGCAAAGAACGCACAGCAAUGAUGCAAGAGCGACUCUCGCAGAUUGGCAAAGACGAGGGAAUCAACUUCAAGUACGGCGGCAAGACAGGAAACACACGCGAUUCGCACCGACUUGUGCAACUUGGAAAAACCAAGGGCCCGCAGAUGCAGACUCGCGUGAUCGAGGAGCUCUUCGCUGCGUACUUUGAGAAUGAGAAGGACAUUACCACUCAAGAGAUCCUUACUGAGGCAGGAAUCAAGGCAGGACUUGAUGAGAAAGAGAUCAAGGAUUGGCUGGAGUCAGGCAAAGGAGGACCUGAAGUUGACAAGGAAGUCCAGCAGGCGCGCCGACAACAGAUUACAGGCGUUCCCAACUUUACCAUUAACGAUCAGUUUGAGAUCGGAGGUGCGCAGGAACCGGAGGCUUUUGUUCAGUUAUUCGAGAGAUUGAAGAGGCAAGAGGGCAGCGGUUAG